ACACCCAGUAGUUGUGCGACUUUUAGCGGAAUCUGUAGCCUUUCUUGGUCUUAAUGCCAAGACUAUAAAACAAAUUAUAAAAGGAAAACUUUUAAGACUUGAAGAUAGAAUUUCGCACAAAUUAAUUUCACUCUGAAGGAUAACCACUUUUUUUUAACUCUUUAAAUUAUUUUGAUUUAAAAAAAAGUUUUCACAUCACGCGAUUGUGUGUAUGUGUGUGAGGGUGAGGGUGUCACAGUUUUUUUUUUUCUUAUCUCUACCCCAUAAGACUGGAAAAAUUCUAAUUUUACCAACAAUUUGAUACUAAAACUCUAGGAUAUUGGCACGGCCAAUUAGAAAUGGUGCGUGUCUACAGCACGAUCUUUUUGAUCGUGAUCUCUGUGAUUUUAGUCAUCGCAACACCUUCUGCUGAUGAAACAAAUCAUCAACGGGUGAAAAGACAAGAGGACGAUCCCGAAGGACCAGAUGUAGGAUCAAUUGAAGAAUUGUGCCACGAUAGGCCCGCAGAUGAGUACUUCCGACUGACCACAGAAGGAGAUUGUCGAGAUGUUGUGCGGUGUGACAAUGCGGGUGAAAAUGGCAUCACUCGCCUGGCCACAGUUCGAUGUCCCAUUGGACUGGCAUUUGACGUUACUCGCCAGACAUGUGACUGGAAGUCAAAUGUUAAAAAUUGUGACCAAUUAGGGAAACCACGAAAAGUAUUGCCAAUCCUCAAGACGGAUGAACCUGUCUGCCCCGAAGGACGUUUGUCAUGUGGAAAUGGCGAAUGUGUGGAAAAGGAACUGUUUUGCAAUGGAAAACCAGACUGCAAGGAUGAAUCCGAUGAGAAUGCAUGCACUGUGGACCUUGAUCCCAACCGUGCCCCUGAAUGUGAUCCAACACAAUGUAUCCUUCCUGACUGUUUCUGCUCAGCCGAUGGUACCAGAAUUCCUGGAAGCAUUGAGCCACAACAAGUACCCCAGAUGAUUACAAUUACUUUCAACGGUGCUGUUAAUGUAGACAACAUUGAUCUCUAUGAGGACAUUUUCAAUGGACAACGUCAGAAUCCCAAUGGAUGCCAAAUCAAGGGUACCUUCUUCGUAUCCCACAAGUACACUAAUUACUCAGCUGUACAGGAUCUGCAUAGACGUGGCCAUGAGAUCUCCGUAUUCUCUCUGACUCACAAGGACGAUCCUAACUAUUGGACACAUGGUACAUACGACGAUUGGUUGGCUGAAAUGGCCGGAGCCAGACUUAUUAUCGAACGUUUCGCUAACAUCACAGACGGAUCAAUUAUUGGAAUGCGUGCUCCAUACUUGCGUGUCGGUGGUAACAAGCAAUUUGAGAUGAUGGCUGAUCAAUUCUUCGUUUACGAUGCUUCCAUCACAGCAUCAUUGGGUCGUGUACCCAUCUGGCCGUAUACUCUCUAUUUCCGUAUGCCACACAAAUGCAAUGGUAACGCACACAAUUGCCCAUCUAGAAGUCAUCCCGUUUGGGAAAUGGUAAUGAACGAACUUGAUCGUCGUGAUGAUCCCACCUUUGACGAAUCCCUACCAGGUUGCCAUAUGAUUGAUUCUUGUUCUAACGUUCAAACUGGCGAGCAAUUCGGUCGUCUUCUCAGGCACAAUUUCAACCGCCACUACAAUACCAAUCGUGCCCCACUUGGCCUUCACUUCCAUGCCUCCUGGCUCAAAUCCAAGAAGGAAUACCGUGAUGAACUCAAUAAGUUCAUCGAAGAAAUGUUGGGUCGCAAUGAUGUAUUCUUCGUGACAAUGCUUCAAGUCAUUCAGUGGAUGCAAAAUCCCACAGAACUCAAUGCUCUGCGUGACUUCCAAGAGUGGAAGGAGAAGUGUGAUGUCAAAGGACAACCCUACUGUUCCCUGCCAAAUGCAUGCCCACUAACAACAAGGGAACUGCCUGGAGAGACCCUACGUCUCUUUACAUGCAUGGAAUGCCCUAACAACUACCCCUGGAUCCUUGAUCCCACUGGGGAUGGAUUCUCUGUGAAAUAGUGCGUAAGAGAGCAAUAAGACACUUAAUAAAUGGAAGAAGAAAAUGAAAAAAAGAAAAAUUUUCCGACAUCUCGGAAUACAUACUGCAUGAGGGGAGUUACAUAAAAUGUGGCCAAGUUGGAUCAUGCACACAUUAUCUAUUGAACAAUGAUGUAACUUCGACAUCUUUCUAUUCCAUUUGAAACUAAUAUCUUUUUAUAUAUACUGUUUUAAAAUACAAAAUCUCACAUCUUUUGCUAUAGUUUGUAAAUACUGAAAUUGGACACUAUACAUAUUUAUAGUGAUAUGGUAAACUUCAUUUCAUUUAUCUCAAUUUCCUUUUUGAAUUAAAUUUUGUAAUACAAAAGCGAUAGUAUCGUUUAUAAUUUGACUCUUUUUUUUACAAAAUAAAACAGAAAUAAAAUUAUUUCUCGAAUUAUA